AUGGCUGUGGAGGCCAGAGAGGGGCAGGGAGACUGCACAGAGACUUCCGGAACCCUGAUGGCUGAUGGCUGCUGGACCAGAUCAAUUGAAUUCUUCUCUCUCUUCCUUUCAGAAAAAUGUGACGAGCCUCUUGUCUCCGGACUUCCCCACAUGGCCUUCAGCAGCUCCUCCAUCAUGUCAGGCAGCUACUCUCCCGGCUAUGCCAGGAUCAACAAGCGAGGGGGUGCAGGGGGCUGGUCCCCGUCUGACAGUGACCACUAUCAGUGGCUCCAGGUGGAUUUUGGCAGUCGGAAGCAGAUGAGCGCCAUCGCCACCCAAGGGAGAUACAGUAGCUCCGACUGGGUGACACAGUACCGGCUGCUGUACAGUGACACGGGCAGGAACUGGAAACCCUACCACCAGGACGGGAACAUCUGGGCCUUCCCCGGGAACAUCAACUCGGACGGUGUGGUCCGGCACGACCUGCAGCACCCGGUGACCGCACGCUACGUGCGCCUGGUGCCCCUGGACUGGAACGCCGAGGGCCGCAUCGGACUGCGUGCCGAGGUCUACGGCUGCCCCUACUGGGCUGACGUCAUCAACUUCGAUGGCCAUGUUGUGUUGCCAUACAGAUUCAGGAACAAGAAGAUGAAGACACUGAAAGACGUCAUAGCCCUGAAAUUUAAGACUUCCGAGAGCGAAGGGGUCCUUCUGCAUGGGGAAGGACAGCAAGGAGAUUAUAUCACUCUGGAGCUGAAGAAAGCCAAGCUGGUCCUCAGCUUAAACCUCGGAAGCAACCAGCUGGGCCCCAUCUACGGCCACACGUCGGUGACGGCCGGCAGCCUGCUGGACGACCACCACUGGCACUCAGUGGUCAUCGAGCGCCAGGGCCGCAGCAUCAACCUCACGCUGGACAGGAGUGCGCAGCACUUCCGCACCAACGGCGAGUUCGACUACCUGGACCUGGACUACGAGAUAACCUUUGGAGGAAUCCCUUUCUCCGGCAAGCCAAGCUCGAGCAGUAGGAAGAACUUCAAAGGCUGCAUGGAAAGCAUCAAUUACAAUGGCGUCAACAUCACUGAUCUUGCCCGAAGGAAGAAGUUAGAGCCCUCAAAUGUGGGCAACCUGAGCUUCUCCUGCGUGGAACCCUACACCGUGCCGGUCUUCUUCAAUGCCACCAGCUACCUGGAGGUGCCCGGCCAGGCUGGCCAGGACCUGUUCUCUGUCAGCUUCCAGUUCCGCACCUGGAACCCUAAUGGCCUCCUGCUCUUCAGCUACUUCUCCGAGAACCUGGGCACCAUCGAGAUCGACCUCGCGGAGAGCAGAGUCGGUGUCCACAUCAAUGUCACUCAGACCAGGAUGAGCCAGAUCGACAUCGCCUCAGGUUCUGGGUUGAACAAUGGGCAGUGGCAUGAAGUCCGCUUCCUGGCCAAGGAGAACUUCGCCGUCCUCACCAUCGACAGCGACGAGGCGUCUGCGGUCCGCACCAACAGCCCUCUGCAGGUUAAAACUGGCAAGAAGUACUUUUUUGGAGGUGUCCUGAACCAGAUGGCGAGCUCGGGGCUCUCCCUGCUCCAGCCAUCCUUCCAGGGCUGCAUGCGGCUCAUCCAGGUGGACGACCAGCUGGUCAAUCUGUACGAGGUGGCUCAGAGGAAGCCGGGCAGCUUCGCCAACGUCAGCAUCGACAUGUGUGCCAUUAUAGACAGAUGUGUGCCCAAUCACUGUGAGCACGGUGGGAAGUGCUCACAGACGUGGGACAGCUUCAAGUGCACGUGUGACGAGACGGGCUACAGUGGGGCCACCUGCCACAACCCCAUCUACGAGCCAUCCUGUGAGGCCUACAAGCACCUGGGCCAGACCUCCAACUAUUACUGGAUCGACCCUGAUGGCAGUGGACCCCUGGCGCCUCUGAAAGUCUACUGCAACAUGACAGAGGACAAGGUGUGGACCAUCGUGUCGCACGACUCACAGACGCAGACGACGGUGGUCGGCUACACCCCAGAGAAGUAUUCGGUGACCCAGCUCGUGUACAGCGCCUCCCUGGACCAGAUCGGGGCUGUCACCAGCAGCGCUGAGUACUGCGAGCAAUACGUUGCCUACUUCUGCAAGAUGUCGAGGCUGCUGAACACCCCAGAUGGAAGCCCUUACACCUGGUGGGUCGGCAAAGGCAACGAGAAGCACUACUACUGGGGGGGCUCCGGCCCCGGCAUCCAGAAGUGUGCGUGCGGCAUUGAGCGCAACUGCACGGACCCCCGGUACUACUGCAACUGCGACGCGGACCACAAGCAGUGGAGAAAGGACGCCGGCUUCCUAACCUACAAAGACCACCUGCCAGUGAGCCAGGUGGUGGUUGGAGACACUGACCGGCCAGGCUCCGAGGCCAAGCUGAGCGUGGGCCCCCUGCGCUGCCAAGGGGACAGGAACUACUGGAACGCAGCCUCCUUCCCAGACCCUUCGUCCCACCUCCACUUCUCCACUUUCCAAGGGGAGACCAGUGCCGACAUUUCCUUCUACUUCAAAACGCUGAUCCCUCGUGGGGUAUUUCUGGAAAACCUGGGGAACACGGACUUCAUCAAGCUGGAGCUGAAGUCUGCCACAGAUGUGUCCUUCUCUUUCGACGUCGGGAAUGGGCCAGUGGAGAUCGUGGUGAGGGCACCAUCCCCCCUGAAUGACGACCAGUGGCACCGCGUCACCGCUGAGAGGAACGUCAAGCAGGCCAGUCUACAGGUGGACCGGCUGCCACCGCAGGUGCGCAAGGCUCCAACGGAGGGGCACAGGCGCCUGGAGCUGUACAGCCAGCUGUACGUGGGUGCUGCUGGUGGCCAACAGGGGUUCCUGGGCUGCAUCCGCUCCUUGCGUAUGAAUGGGGUGACACUGGACCUGGAGGAGAGGGCCAAGGUCACCUCCGGCUUUGUGUCCGGAUGUUCCGGCCACUGUACCAGCUAUGGGGCCAACUGUGAGCACGGUGGCCGGUGUGUGGAGAAGUACCACGGUUACUCCUGUGACUGCACCCAUACGGCCUACGAAGGCACGUUCUGCAACAAAGAUGUUGGUGCGUUUUUUGAGGAGGGGAUGUGGCUGCGGUAUAACUUCCAGGCCUCAGGGACCGGUGCCAGAGAAGCCCCUGGCAGAGCCGACGGCGUGUCUGACCCACAGAGCCCAGCCUCCGACCUGGCUCAGGAGCAGCUCAGCUUCAGCUUCAGCACCUCCAAGGCCCCCUGCAUCCUGCUCUAUGUCAGCUCACACACCACCGACUUCCUGGCCGUGCUCCUCAAGCCCACCGGAAGCUUACAGAUUCGGUACAGCCUGGGUGGCACCCGUGAGCCCUACAACAUCGACGUGGACCACAGGAGCAUGGCCAACGGGCAGCCGCACAGCCUGAACAUCACCCGCCAGGAGAGGACACUUCUGCUGCAGCUUGACCACUACCCUCGGGAGAGUUACCAUCUGCCAAGUUCAUCCGACACCCUGUUCAAUUCCCCAAAGUCCCUCUUUCUAGGAAAAGUCAUAGAAACAGGGAAGAUUGACCCAGAGAUCCACAAGUACAAUACCCCGGGCUUCACCGGCUGCCUCUCCAGGGUGCAGUUCAACCGCAUUGCCCCCCUCAAGGCCGCCCUACGGCAGACAAACGCGUCGGCCCAGGUCCACGUGCAGGGCCAGCUUGUGGAGUCUAACUGCGGUGCCUCUCCACUGACCAUCUCCCCCAUGUCAGCUGCCACUGACCCUUGGCACCUGGACCAUCUGGAGUCAGCCAGUGCUGAUUUUCCAUACAACCCUGGACAAGGCCAAGCCAUACGGAAUGGCGUCAACAGAAACUCAGCCAUCAUCGGAGGGGUCAUCGCUGUGGUGAUUUUCACCAUUCUCUGCACCUUGGUCUUCCUCAUUCGGUACAUGUUCCGUCACAAAGGCACCUACCACACCAACGAGGCGAAGGGGGCAGAGUCGGCAGAGAGCGCGGACGCCGCCAUCAUGAACAACGACCCCAACUUCACAGAGACCAUCGAUGAAAGCAAAAGGGAAUGGCUUAUUUGAGGGUGGCUCUUUGUCAGUGGGGCGGGGAGGGGGAGAGAGACAGAAGCACCCUGCUUUACACUCUUGAGCACAUCCUUAAAAUAUCAGCACAAGUUGGGAAGGCAAGCAACAGAAAAUUCUUGAGACUGAUCACCACAAAAAAAAAAAAAAACUUUGUAAUAUUUCUUUAUAGCUGAGUUUCCCCUUCAGUAUCAAAACAAAAUAAUACAAAAAUGCUUUUAGAGUUUAAGCAAUGGUUGAAAUUUGUAGGUAAUACCUGUCUUAUUUUGUGUGUGUUCAGAGGUGUUCUGAAAACCCAUGGUAACAGGGCAAGUUUUCUACAUUUUUAAGAGCCCUUAGAAGGUGGAUAUUUUUUCUUGAAAAAAGCUGAUAAACAAACAUAUGGCCUCCAACAUUCUCUUCCUUUUGAAUAUACUCAACUUUAAUAGGAAGUCAUAGUAUCUAGUCCGUGUUCACAUGAUAUUUCAUUUGGUGUCCUAUAAAUUUGAAAGGGAAAGAAAAGGGGCAAAGAGAUCUUAUUAUUUGCCAGUUUUCAGAGAGACGUCAAUCCGUCCCGAUUCUCUGAGGGUCCCGCCUGACACAGCAGUUAUAGGAAGAGGGUGUCUGGAAACUGUCGCGUAAAACACUCAGCACAAUUGGUGAGAAGCAUUAAGAACUGCAGAAAGUAGCUUCAUACUGGGAUUGUUGGUUUUAUUUUUCAUCGGAUUCUAAAAGGUAAUGGUGUUCCGUGUACGUAGCCUUAGACCCAUUCAAUAUCUGUAACUUUCAGCUACAAUUUUUCUGUUACAAAAGAUUUCUCCUGUGCUCUGAAACAUGUUGGGCUGCAUUGUCUGUGUGUGAAAGCACCUCAGUGGAGAGUUAGGGCCAGGUGUGAUGGCUUGUUCGCUUCUGCUGCUUCUGUAGGUAUAGCGAAAGUAUGGGCACCUCCUAGGGAAUGUGUAAACUAAGUGGCUCUGCUUCUUUUGCUUUAAGCCUCUAGUUUUUAAUCCACUUGUGACAAAAUCCUAGCAAACAAUGUCCUCUUGAUGGACACAUCACAAUAAAGCCAAGUUAUUGUUGUUAUUACUAUUGA